AUGAAGCUUUUCUGUUCGAUUUUGUUGGUUGCCCUCGCCACAGUCAGUGCUGCCCCAGUAGACACCUGUGAUGAACAAAAGAGUUGCGUUGACUUUGAACUCAAAACCAUGACUAGUAGUAGCUGUGUUGACGGUGACUGUCCCGUCGAAGUUUGCAUGAUUAUCGAUGGAAACAUGUCCAACGAGCAUGGAAACUGUCAAAAGAAGGAUGAUAACUUUAGUCACAUGUGUGCUCAGUCCGACACUGAGACUGGCUGCGCCAAGUUCGAUGAGCUUACCGGUCUCCCUCAAUUGGGGCAAAGCGGUCCUGACGGCCAAUGCGAUCUCGAUGGAGAGAACAAUGGUAAAAUCUUUGGUGGAAAGUGCGGAGGAGUCAACACAGCCAAGAUGUGCCAAGAGGGCAAGCCCGGUGACACUCUUUACUGGAUUCUCAAGGAUGGAAAUGACGCGGUUAUUGAAGACCCCAACCCAAAACGGUUCGACUUUACUUUUCACCCUACUGUGGGGUGUGAAGCUGAGGUCCAUUGCUUCAACCAUGAGUACAGAUGUGGUGGAGGCAAACCUGAUGAUGAACAAUCCAAAAAGGAGCGUACCUGGGCAUUCACGAUCCCUCCGGCUGGUGGAACUUGCGAUGUUUGCGAUCUCAGUCAACCCCCAAUUCUCUCCCCUCCUUCCGGACCACCUCCCACUGCCCCCAUUGCCCCAACUCCGGCACCAGUUGGCGACAACAACCCUCCACCAACUCCUGGUGGCGGUGGCGAUCCUCACUUCAAGACCUGGAAGGACGAACACAUCCAGUACCAUGGACAGUGCGACCUUGUCCUUGCCAAGGAUGAAGAAUUUGCCAAUGGACUUGGAAUUGAUGUUCACAUCCGUACCAAGCUUGUCCGUUACUGGAGUUACAUCAAGACUGCUGUGAUUCGUAUCGGAAAUGACAUUCUUGAGAUUGAAGGAUCUGCUACCGAGUUUGAUGUCGAGACUCACUACUGGGUCAACUACGAGUACCAAGCCGAACUUACCGAAUUCGCUGGUUUCCCCGUGAAGAUGUUCUCUCAACGAGGAACUUCCAUCACUAAGAACCGCAUCGAAAUCGACUUGAGUUCCAAGUACCCAGGACAAAAGAUUGCCCUUUCCACCUUCAAGGAAUUCGUCAAGGUUGACUUUGUCAAGCCCACCGUUGAAUCCUUUGGAAACGCUGUUGGUAUGUUGGGAGACUUCAAGACUGGAAAGACCCUUGCCCGUGAUGGAAUCACCGAGUUGAAUGACUUUACCGAUUUCGGACGCGAGUGGCAAGUACUUCCAUCCGACAAGAAGUACUUCCGCACCUCUUCCACUCCCGAAUUCCCAGAAUUGUGCAUUGAGCCCGAAGAUCCUCGUGGAGACCGUCAACGUCGUUUGAACGAGUCCAACAUUACCGAGGAACAAGCGGAAGCCGCCUGUGCCGGACUCAAGGAUGCCUUGGACCGCAAGGAUUGUGUCUAUGAUAUCUUGGCCACCCAAGAUAUGGACAUGGCUGGUGCCUUCUAA